AUGCGAAAGGCAUUGGCUUGUAGACAUGUACAAUCACAGCGCAAUACAUCUGAUCAAGCGAUGCUCAAGGCCACCCUAGUAUGGGGAGACUUCCAUCUAAAUGAACUCAUAGAUAUACAUAACAAACAGUAUCAAGCCACAUUAGACAACUCAUUAUCCGACACUAUCACAUCAUUCAUUGCGGCCACUUCACAGCAGCAGCAACAUAUGACACCACAACAACAGACACAACCUCAACAGAUGAUGGUCGAUCAAGACUUGCUGACAAAGUCCACCUCAAUGGAGGAGUUGAAUCAACUGCUGCGCGAAUUGUCCACUGAGAACUUGGCUGGCGAGAUUGCCAAGGGGAACUGCUUGGUCAACAUGGGCCGCUACCAAGAGGCCAUUCUAUUCUUCACAUCGAUCAUCGUCUCCAAUCCCUUGAUCCCCUCUGCCUAUCUCGGACGAGGAACAUCAAACGCCAUGCUUGGCAACCAUGAGGAGGCUCUGAUCGACUUUACAAAGGUGAUUGAGUUGGACAACACCUUGGCAGAUGCGUAUAAACGUAGAGCUCAGAUAUUGGUCGCUCAUGGAAUGGAUUAUGAGGCACUGGAGGACUUCAAUCAGGCCAUCGUGUUUGACAAGGAGCGAGACACGGAUAUACAUUAUCAACGCGGACUGCUAUACUUCCAGAUGCGCAACUAUGAGCGCGCUUUAAAGGACUUUAGAAAGGUGGUCGAGUAUGACAAGACUCACAAGCUCGCUUGGAAUCGCAUUGGUCUGUGCUUGAACAUCAGGGGAUUCCCGCGAGAAGCCUUUGACUCGUUCUACAAAGCGAUAGAGUUAGAUCCACACUUUGAAGCAGCCUACACCAACAUUGGCCAGUGCUGGAAGGAGUUGGGCGACUACCAAUCGUCGUUGGCCACGUUCAGCAAGGCACUGGAGCUGACGCCAAACUACUCCAAUGCACUACAUCUUCGCGGUCUGCUCUACUUCCACUCUGGCAAACAUCUGGAGGCAAUCAAUGAUUGGAGUGUGUACCUUUGUUCAGAGCCAGACAUGAUUGAUGUGCGACAGCUGCGAGCGAUCUCAUUGAAUACCAUUGGACGAUACAGGGAAGCAUUGGCAGAUUAUGAACAUAUACUCAACAUCAACGCCAAUCACUUCUCAUUCUAUCAGCGCGAGAUUGCCCUGUUCACUCAUCAUCAUCUGGACACGUCAUUGAACUCGUUCAACAUUGACAACGAGCUGGACCCCUAUCUCAAGACCCUGUUGUGCCAGCGACAACCAGCAUCUACUCUCCUGGCAAGAGGCUAUACCAAACAGAACAACCUGUCCGACUCAAUCAAGGAGGUGGACAGCGAAUACAAGCUGACUGCCAAUGAGAAGACACUUGUAGAGUUUGCCAAGCGCAUUGGAAAGAGACUGCAGUAUGAUUGUGAAGGCUUCUUACCAAACGCCAGACAGCAUCUUCAGUGUGGCCUGGCUGCCCUGGACAUUGCACAGACACUCACACCUGUUUGGGAGUCCCUGUUCGAGGAGGCUGGCAGCGUGGUUACCAGACAUCAGGUUGGCGCGAACCAGAGUUCGCACAGCAAUCAACAACACACAUUUGGAUGGAGGGAUCUCUUUGAUGUGGCGGCCAAGUGGCGCCAGUUCUCCGAGCCCAACGACCCAGUCUGGUGGGUGGACGGUCUGAGUAAGGAGCAGUUUGCCGAGGGCUUUGGCUCGCAUACUCCCAUCAUCACUGGACAGACAAACGUCGUGCGCUACUACCCAAUGUUCACGCCGGCUUUCCAAAACAUGAAGAUGCUCCUGCCCAUCCAGUUCCCCGAGCAGGUCAAGGACCAGGUAUUGGUCGACUGCAACAACGCCAGCGACUGCAAGGACAUGUACAGGAUCAUGAAGAAGGACUACUACGUGGUGACGCCCUGUCUCAGCACCUUCCGUCCGGGCCACCUGAUGGAGGGCACGCGACUAACCCUACAAUACGCCUCGCCAGAGGGCUAUGAGUUUGCCAUCAGGACGCCCUGCACGCCACAGCGUUGGAAGGACUAUGACGAGGAGAUGACCCUGGCGUGGAACGACCUCUGUAGCAAGGUUUAUCAGAUGAUUGAAUGCGCCGAGGAGGAAGCAGACACCAAACUUGUUCGUCUACUUGGCGAGAUUAGCGAUGCAAUACUCAGAAUCACAUUCUAUUGGUACAACUUCAUGCCACUGACACGUGGCAGCGCUGCCGUGGGCUACACUGUGCUGCUUGGUGUCUUCCUUUCGCUUGGAUACGAGGUCGACGCACCACUACCAAAGAACCUGCAGCCAGAUUGGGAGGCCAUCCUGCGUCCCACGCCAGAGUCAUUCACCAAAGUGAUCAACCCUUGGAUGUACCCUGCACUCGAACAACGAUCAAUCUCCAACCUGCCAGACGUCGCAUCCACAAUCAGCACACUCCGUCAACUCAUUCAAGUAUUGAACUCAUCAUCCUCUGACGCGUCGACAAUGAAUGAAUAA